AUGGAAACCUCAACAUCAGACGACCAAUCCACCAACCAUAAUGAGGCUAUCAAUGACGGCCGCCCAGCCGGCCUCACCGUGACUGAGCGAAAUGAGCGAUACUUUCUCACUCAAGUCGUGCAGGCAGUCUUGAAACCUCUCAAACCCCGAUUGAUGAAGCCUAAGAAGGGAUCAGAUGAGAAGACGCGAUUGACCGCGACAAAGAGGGCGCGAAGAUACUGCGACGUCAGGGAGAGCGAAGUAGAAGGAGUCUGGACUUACGACAUAACAACAAAAACCUCAACAGAAAGAAAGGGAGGUGCCAGGGCAGGUUACAAGCGACGAAUUCUUUACUUCGGGGGUGGAGGAUGGCAGAUGCCCCCGAGCGAACACCACUGGGCCUUUUGCGCCGAGCUAGUUCGCCGCUUACCCGACACAAGGGUCACGAUCAUCUCAUAUCCCUUGGCGCCGAAGCACCCGGUAUCAGUGGCCUUCCCUCAAAUUGAGAGAGUCUACAAGAAGCUACUGAUGGAGUCGACAAAGGCUGGCGAAAGGGUUAUCGUGGCUGGGGACAGUUCAGGCGGGAAUAUCGCCCUCUGUGUGGUGACGUGGACGUUGAGGGUCCAGGAGAGAGAUGUUGCCAAUCCCCCAGUCGCCAUCCUCGCAAUGAGUCCAACUACAGAUCUACGACAUGAGAUGAAAGAGAUCAAGAAGGCAGACAGAUUUGAUCCCAUACACACCCACGGGUGUAUCCACGAGACCGCAAAGACGUGGUGCCCUGACUGGAGCUUUGAGGAUCCUCGAGUUUCUCCUAUUCAGGCUGAUCUCACGUACCUUGUUCGCCACGGGGUCAAGGUUCACGGGUUGACUGGUUCUUACGAUGUGUUAGAACCUGAAGCUAUAGCAUUCAGAAACAAGUGUAAAGAGAAUGGGGUGACGGGAGAGUGGCUAUCAUGGCAUGGGCAGAUGCAUUGUUUCCCGUUGACAUUUAGGUAUGGGCUGAAAGCGAGUAAGGAGGCAUUGGACUGGAUUGUAGGUGUUUUAGAGAAGUGUUGA